UGUAUGCGAUCGUCGGUGCCAUUUCCCUGGAGAAGGGCGGUCUCGUUGCCAACAAGGUGACACGCGAGCGGAUAUUAGAACCAUUGGGAUUCUAGGCUUAAGUCGGGAUAUCAUUGUUGGGAAAUGGCCGCAGGAGCAUUUCGAGGCGUUAUCUCCUUUUCGCUUUCUUGUCUUUUUUAUAUCUUGGAUGUUCUCUGUAUGUGUUGGGGGUUUUGGUCAUCCACCAUAUAUGUACUUUUACUACGACCAUGUCUUAUAUUGAUUUUCGAAUACCACCCGGAAGGAUCCUCUCCCCCGACGGGCCCUCUCCUGCGGAACGUGUUGGAUAACACGUAAGCCAUUAUGAGAAUAGAAUUGUUUAUUAAUGAUAGAUAUGUCCGGUUCCUCUGACACCGCCCGAGUAACAG